CCAGUUGUGUCAGCACCGAUUUUGGGAAUUUAACACGCUGUCCGUUUGUUUUGAUUUUUUUGAGCAGAAAAACCAAUUGAAAUGGCCAAAACCAAGCGAAAUGUGAGGGCCAAGGCCAAGAGCGUGGUGGGGGCGGCCAAGCAGAAGGCGCAGGAUAUGCAGGCGAAGUUGCGCCAGGACACACUGCUCCACAAAACACUCGCGCCCAAAAAGACGACCACCAAAAAGGAGAAAUCCGAGGCUAAGCACAAGAAACUACUAAAGCGAUUCGCCGAAACGCGAAAGGAACGCAAGGAGGAGCAGGCGCGCAAGAACCGCGAGAAGACCAAGGUCAUUGGGGACCUAAAGCCACUCCGGGAUGCACUACCAUCCCUGCAGGACAUCUACAAUCUGGUGAAAACCAAGCAAAAGGAUGCCAGCGAACAGGCUGCUCUUACCGAACCGGAAGUUCCCCUAACUGCCAACGAAAAGAUCCGGAAAAAACGCACGGAAAUGGUGAACCGCGUGAAGUCCUUCGAGAAGCUCAUCAAGGACAAGAACUUCAAGAAGAAUCCCCGCGAAGUCAUCGCCUCCCAUGUGCGCAACAAGUACCAGGCGAUGGAGGAGGACGAUGAUGAAUAGAAUCCUGUUGCUCCCUUGAAGUCGGUUUUAGGUAUACUUAUAUUUUAAGAAAUAUCUUUACUUCAUAUAAUAGAAAAAAUGGCCAUUAAAAUAAAUUUCUUCAAUUCACCUGUUGAGUGCCUCAAACAACAAAAA